UUACGGCCUCACUUCCUGUACACUCAGUCGUGUCUUUCUCACCGCUGCUGAGGGCUGAUCGGACAUUUAAACCAGAAACCAUAGUUAGGAUGGCAGUUUGGGACCCAAAGACUUCCUGGUGCUUCAUGUUGCUGCUGGCCGCUGCUGUCAGUCAACAUGUGAACUAUCCAGCUCCAGUCUGUGCAGUCAGAGGAUCUUCUGUCAGCCUCCUCUGCACCUUCACACCACAGAAGUCCUUCCUGCAGGAUGGAGAUGUUUUAGUGGAGAUCACCAGAGUCCUUUGGUGCCAGAACCAUGCGUUAUGUCAUGGCACGACUCCGUCUGUGUACGACAGUGAAGAAAACAACAACAACAACAACAACCCUCGUUACAGAUACCUGGGAGACAAGAAGGGAAACUGUAGUCUACAGAUCACAGAUGUACGAAUGGAAGACUUCGCAACUCUUCGCUUCAGAAUGGAAGCUGAUGAACAAGGAGCGAGUUUUACUGGCCCACCAGGAGUGAGAGUCACCGUCGUUGAGGGAACUCAGAUGAAGAUCCAAAGCUCCAGUGACGGAGCGUUUAAAAGAGGUGGAGCAGUCACCCUGAACUGCACCACAACGUGCACCUUCCACCACCUGGAGGUCACCUGGUACAGAGAUGGCCACGCCCUCCACUUCACUGGCCCCGCCCUCCACCUCGGCGCUCUGACUGCAAAGGAUUCUGGGAACUACACCUGUGGAUUGAAGAACAACGACCGCACUCUCUCCUCACCUCAUGUUCUGUUUGUGGAGGAGGAACAGGAAGAAGGGGAAGAACAGCAAGGAAUCAAACGUUUUGACCGCCUGCUGGUUGCCCCGCUGGUUCUCUUCAGUCUGCUCACGGUGCUCAUCAUCAUAGUUUCAUCCAUCGUCAUCAAAAGGACGUGUGUUUGCCAGAAAGCAGAGAACUGACCGACGCCUCAAAGCAGAUCUAAAGAAAACAACGAUGUCAUCAUUUCCUCUUUCUUGUCGUUGUGGUUCUUUCUGUUCUUUUACGUUCUUUCUCCACUUUAUGAGAAAUUAAAACUCAUGUCAACUUCC